AGCCCCCGCCGCAAGCCGACCCCUUGCGGAUCAAACCAACCAUAGUCCGCCGCCCGUCUCUGAGACCAUACCUGCUACGUCUUCUACGCAACGCCAAGUUUUAGGACGGAGGCAAAGGGAUUCGGAGGACGGCAACGACGACAGCGACCUCGCCGGCUCCUACUCGGAGCUUUCGGGGGGUCCUACUUCCCACAUUGUCCCCUCUGAUAAUCCAAGAAGAAAACGCAGACGCGCCGAUAGUACCAUGUUAGCGGAUACAGACCGGCAAGUAGCAUCUAAUGGCACUUCGAGGCCGUACGCCAAUGGAAAAUCACAUCAACGACCCGCUGCGCCAGGCGCCGCAAAUGGAACGGGAAAGUCAGUCAAUGGCUCGAGGGCCAAGGUAUUAGAGACAUACCUUGGUCACGAUCGUGAAGAAGUGACUAGAUUAUUAAUACAAGCUCUUUCGGAUAUGGGCUAUCAGUCUGCAGCGCAGAGUGUCAGCCAGGAGAGUGGGUAUGAAUUAGAAAGUCCGAUGGUGGCUGCUUUCAGAAAUGCUAUACUCAAGGGAGACUGGUCCCAAGCAGAAGAGCUACUUGCGGGCGCAGCAUCCUCAUCUGGCGAUCGGAAUGGUGAAAACGGCAACGGGUUGGUGUUAGCGAAUGGUGCAGACAGACAGAUAAUGAGGUUUUGGAUACGGCAACAGAAAUUCUUAGAGCUCCUGGAGCAACACGAAACUGCGCGUGCCUUACAUACGCUCAGAACCGAACUCACCCCACUAUAUCAAGACACUCAAAAGCUUCAUUUCCUCUCUAGCCUACUUAUGUGCCAGAAGGCAGAGGAUCUGAAAUCCAAAGCGGAAUGGGAUGGAGCACACGGAGAGUCGAGACAUAUUUUACUGUCGCAACUAUCAAAAUGCAUCUCCCCAUCAGUCAUGCUUCCAGAGCACCGUCUGGCAAUAUUACUACACCAAGUUAAAGCGAAUCAGAUUGGGGGUUGUCUUUGGCAUUCUAGCGCCACGUCUCCGUCCCUAUACGCAGAUCACGUGUGUGACCGACGACGAUUUCCAACCGAAAACGUUACCGAACUCGACGAACAUGACGAUCAAGUCUGGCAAAUUAUGUUUUCCCACGACGGUAGAAAAUUAGCAAGUUGUGGUCAAGGUAAACAGGUUAUCAUCUGGGAUGUUCCAACCUUCAAGCCACUUCACGUUCUUAAAGAUCAUGAAAGUGGGGUUGGUAAUGUAGCAUGGAGCUGGGACGAUUCUAUGCUUGUUACAUGUUGCCAAGACCGACACGCAAGACUCUGGGAUGUGAAUACCGGCACUUGUCUACGGAAACUAGAACGAUGUCAGGAGCCUGUCACUAGUUGUGUAUGGGCAGCAGAUAGUCAGACAUUCGUCACCGGCGCACUUGAUAAAAGUGAUAGUCUCGUCCAGUGGAAUCUUUCUGGCGAGAGAAUAUACGACUGGAAUAACCAACACAGGGUUGAAGGCCUGGCUAUUUCGCCAGAUGGACACUGGCUUGUGGCUUCAGAUGGAGGAAGCAAUAUUCACGUCUACAACUUUAUCACUCGGGAACUGGAAUAUCAGAUGAACUUACAGGUCAAGGUGACUUCGAUCACCAUUAGCCAGAACUCGCGGCACCUGCUGGUAAAUCAAAGCACUGGCAUCGCGCAGCUUAUCGAUUUAGUGCUACGCGAGCCAGUUCAGAGUUAUACCGGCUUCACUAGCGAAAAUUUCAUGAUCAGGAGUACGUUUGGAGGAGCCGAUGAAAGCUUCGUAAUUAGUGGUAGCGAAGACGGUUCCAUCAACAUCUGGCACAAGACCAGUGCUCAACUCGUGGAGAAGCUUAACGGACACAUUCCUGGGUGUAAUUCUGUAUCGUGGAGCCCGACAGACCCAUGCUUGUUUGCCUCAUGCGGUGAUGAUGGCAAAAUUAAGAUGUAAGUUUUAUAUGAAAUACGAUUUCUAAUUUGGAGUAUUAACUAGUUUUAGAUGGUCAAAUAACGACUGGAUACGUUCUCACCGCGAGGUCAACCGGGGAGUUGGUGGUUCUGCUUCAUGAAGCACAACUAGGUUAUAAUUCAAAUUUCU